AUGUCAUCUACUCAAGAUUAUUACGAUCUCAUCGCUGAUGCAACAGCUUCCAUCAGAGAUCGUGUCCCGGCUCACCUGGCAAGCCCCAAAGUUCUCAUAAUCUGUGGCUCGGGUCUGGGCGGCAUCGCCUCUCGUAUAAAAGGUGACGCAGAGGUAAUUUUACAUUACGAAACCAUUCCUGGGUUUCAAAAAUCAACAGUCGCAGGCCAUGCAGGACAUUUGCAAUUUGGACUUAUGGGAAUCGACCCAAACCAAGAUAAUCUGGUCCCUGUCAUCUGUAUGGUUGGGAGAUUGCAUUUCUAUGAAGGUUACAGUUUUCAGGCAGCUACGUUUCCAGUGAGAGUGGCCACCGAGUUGGGAGUUGAAACUGUGAUUAUCACCAAUGCGGCUGGAGGGGUCAAUCCGAGAUAUGUUCCUGGCGACUUAAUGAUAAUGAACGACCAUAUCAACUUUCCAGGUCUUUCGGGCCAACAUCCAUUGAAGGGCCCCAAUCUUGAAAAGUUUGGUCCACGAUUCCCUGCCACAUCUGAUGCCUACGACCUAGAGCUUAGAAAAGCACUCAUACACCAAGCUGAAGCCGCAAACUUGUCCAGAACCAUUCAUGAAGGAGUGUACGCAUUCGUAUCUGGGCCAACUUUCGAAAGCCGAGCUGAAGUGAGAAUGCUACGUUUAAUGGGCGCCGACGCCGUGGGCAUGAGUUCAGUUCCAGAGGUGGUUGUCGCAAGACAUAGCGGACUAAAAGUCUUGGGACUAAGUCUGAUAACAAAUUCUGGAGUUUCGGAUCCUCCAACCAGUGCAUUUAUAGAUGAUUCUCAAACACCUGACAGCAAAGGCCAUGCCAGCCAUGAAGAAGUGCUGUUGCACGCCCAAGAGGCUGCACAGGAUGUGGAAACGCUCGUUGAACGUUUAGUUGGGCUGUUAUGA